CCUCGCUGUCCGGUGUCUCAGUCGCGUGUAUUAGCGUAGAGCAAGCAAGACACGCAGCAGCAGUGAAGAUGCCGGUGGAGGUGCAGCGCAAGCUCACGGUGCUGGGUUACCCGGGCGUGGGCAAGUCGUCGCUCACCACGUGCUUCGUGGAGAACCGCUUCGUGGAGAACUACGACCCGACCAUCGAGAACACCUUCCACAAGACCAUCCGCGUGCGCAACGCCCACUUCGUCACGGACAUCGUGGACACGGCGGGCAUGGACGAGUACGCCAACUUCUCGCAGGCGGCGUCCGUGGGCGUGCACGGCUACGUGCUCGUGUACUCGAUCGGCUCGCGCACGUCGUUCGAGAAGCUCAAGCUGAUCAACGAGAAGCUGGUCAACAUGCUGGGCUCCAAGCCGCCGCGCGUGCUCGUGGGCAGCAUGUCGGAUCUAGAGAAGGCCAGAGAGGUGACGGUAGAAGAAGGUCAAGCGCUGGCGGGCAAUUGGGAAUGCCCCUUCGUGGAGUGCUCGGCCAAGGACAACGAAAACAUCAACGAGGUGUUUACUUAUCUAAUCAAGGAGAUCGAGCGCGAUUCCGGUCUGCUGGAAGAGAGCGACGAGUCCCAGUGCACGAUUUUGUAAAUCACGACGAUGAGCAAGCCUCACAAAUACUCGCGCGCAGCAAGCAGCAUGUCGGGCAUUGCU